GGCGUUGUUUUAUUAGCCAUUGCUUUGAGCGCCAUCUCGCGGUAUUUAAUUAAUUAAUAACUGCCAUCUAAUAUCUGAUACUACCCUAGCCACUACCAUAUAAAACUUUGGUUAUGUUUACUAUUUACUUACUCAAAUUGCACAAAAAUUACUUCUAACAAAUCUUUAAUUUCAUUCAAUUUAACGAUGACACACCCAGAAAAACCAACAACCGACGUCCUAGAACUCUUCUACACAAAAAAACUAGUAAAAGUCUGCGCCCCAAUGGUCCGCUACAGUAAACUACAGUUCCGAAACCUCGUGAGUCAGUACUGCGACCUCACCUUCACCCCCAUGAUCUUGGCCGAUUCCUUUUGUAAAAGUAACAAGGCGCGUAGUAACGAGUUCACCACCAACCUCAUAGACACCCCUGUUAUAACCCAAUUUGCCGCAAAUACUGUGCAUGACUUUGUCGGAGCAAGUUAUAUGGUGGCUCCCUACUGUGACGGAGUCGAUUUGAACUGUGGCUGCCCCCAAAGGUGGGCCAGAGACAUGAACUUGGGAUGCCAAAUGUUAAAGGACCCUCAGAAGAUCUUUGAGCUUGUUAGAGAGUGUAGGAAUAGAAUCGCAAAACCUUUUACCAUCAGUGUUAAGACGAGGAUUCAACAAGAUGAUAGGGAGAGUGUCAAGGUUUGUCAAGCUCUGGAAAAGUGCGGGGUUAGUUUUAUGACUAUACAUGCAAGGACUCCGGACAAUAAUUCGGGGAGUAUUAAAGAAGAAUCUUUGAAACUCAUUGUGGAUAGUGUAAAUGUUCCUGUCAUUGGUAACGGUGGGGUUGUGAGUUUAGACGGGUGUUAUGAUCUGCAAGAAAAAACUGGUGUAAAAGGUGUUAUGGUGGCCAAUGCUCUUUUAUCUAAUCCAUUAUUAUUUGCUGGGUCUAAAAGUACUUCACUUGAGUGUGUGCAAGAGUGGCUCGAUAUUUGUUACAACAGUACACUAACUUUGGAAACUUAUGAUGAAACAGUUUGUCGAGGAACAAUACCUGAAAGGCCUCCUAACUUAACAUUCCAAUGCUUCCAUCAUCAUUUAGUUUUUAUGCUAGACAAAGUUUUCACUAGGAGGCAGAAGAAAAUUUUCAAUAAUCUUACCUGUUUUAAAGAUGCCCUAGAGUUCCUUGAUAAUACAUUUGGCUUAAGGCCCCAGUUGUUUACCAGGGAGCAAUUUAUGAAUUCUGUACCCUUGCAGCCUCAGUAUGAGGGUAGAGAAUGGGUUUAUAAGGAAUUAAAGCCUUUUGAAGACAGUAAGAUGCAUGUAAAGGACUUUAUUGAAUAUGAUUAUGAGGAAAGUAAGGGUAAGUUGUUUAUGGAUAAAUGUAAGGAGUUGGAAGGUGACUCGGGUUGUGAUUGGACAGAAAUGUUUUUUGAAAAAGAUUGAUAUUUGUUAAGAGAAAAAUUGUUCCUUUUUGUGAUUCUCAAUUCAUGUCUUUACUUGUGUAACAACCCUUAAAAAGACAAAAAAAUCUACUUUUAUUUAUUUUACUUAUAACAAAUACAGAUGCAAGAAGAAAUGACAUUUAUUGCAUCAUUUUUACAAAAAUUACCUAAAUCUAUUUAAUAUCACAUAGAAGUAUACUUUGCAUAAAACUAAAGACUUACAACAUAGUUGCAUUAAACCAUUACUGGUCAUUUAUAUAACUGGUGCGAAUGUUUUGUGAACUAAAACAGGAGUCAGAUUAAGUAAAACUAAAAGUGAUUUUAAACUGAACUGAAUGGCGACUGCUAGUUUCUCUAAUAAAUUAAUUUCUAAUUCCUUAACACAUACUGUACAAAUUGAGACUUGAGAGUUUAACUGACAUUUACUACAUACCCUAUUAUCUUCGAGAAUGGCAAAUAAAUAACAUUAAGAUUAUUCCCUAA